CUUUUGUAUCGAGGCUGUAUAAACGUCAAGGAGACAUUUGUCGAUGUGUUAUCGAAAAUAAACAAACAAAUAAACGUCAACAUAAUAAAAAUCUUAUCGAAAUUAUGGCAUCUGCAAGUAGUACAAGUGCCAGAUCUCUAUUCGCGGACUCCAAAAUGAGGUUAGCCGAUCGCGUACAAGUAAACGUCAAUAAUAUUUCUUCGUUGGCGAGACAAAUCACUCGCGGAUCGAAAAGCAGCGAGAUUCUAAUGCACUCUGCCAGGAACUUUGCCGCCCAAGAACAGGCGAUGGAUAAUACCGAGAAUAAUUUGAAAAAAAUGCAACUCCUCUGUGUCCACCUGGGAUACCAACAGGACUCAAUGAUCAAAUCUGCCAUGCAGCUGGAAGAAGUAAAAGAACAAGUGUGUGCGAUGCAAAGAUAAAUAUAAGUUAGGUUAUUUCUAUAUGCAUUUGCGUUGUUGGCAACACUUGCCGGGCAGCUCCGGUGUCAUUGACAAUCAUUUAAGCUUAUUUAAAAAUAGUGGACGGUUCGGACAGUGUCACCCAAAUCGGUGAAACCAUGAUAAAAGAUAAAUAUUGAUAAUAGUGAAGUGGAAUUAUUUUAGUUUGUGUU